AUGGCGAACGCGGUGUCGGGCGUGGCGGUGAGCGAGGAGUGCGUGAGGGCGUUCCAGGAGCUGCGCGCGGGGCGCGCGCACCGGUUCGUGGUGUACAAGAUGGACGACGCCGUGCAGCAGGUGGUGGUGGACAAGGUGGGCGGCCGCGACGCCGGCUUCGACGACCUGGCCGCGGCACUCCCCGCCGACGACUGCCGCUACGCCGUCUACGACCUCGACUUCACCGUCGGCGACGCCACCGCCAAAGGCGCGGACGGGGAGGCGCCGCGCAGCAAGAUCUUCUUCAUCUCCUGGUCGCCGGCGAGUGCGGAGGUGAAGAGCAAGAUGAUCUACGCCAGCUCCAACGAGGGGUUCAAGAAGGAGCUGGACGGCACGCAGAUCGACGUGCAGGCCACCGACCCCAGCGAGCUCACGCUCGACAUCCUCAAGGACCACGCCACCUAA